AGUUCCCAACUCCUCAUCUCUCUCUCUCUUUCUCUCUAAAUAUAUAUAUAUAUCUAUAUGUGGAAACGCUGUAUCUCCAAUCCCAAACCCUAAAAUCGCUCCAAACCCGACGAUUAGGAGGAUCUAAAAAAGGCAACAGAAAAAAAACAGAAAAUAAAGCGGAAAAUAAAAAGGUUACUAGGGUUAGGGUUUCUUCUCCCAUCGCCUCCCUCGCCCUCUUCCCUUUUCUCUUCUUCUUCCUCUCUCCCCUCUCCGCGGCCUCCAAUCGCCGAGAGAGAGAGGGAGAGAGAGAGAGAGAGAGAGAGAGAUUUUGCAUCUUCGUCGUCGUCGUCGUCGAUGGCGAUGAUCCCGAGGACGCCGUUCGGAUUGGUGGCGGUGGGGGUGGCGGCCCUCGUCGUCGGCAUCGUCAUGCCCGCCGCGAACGCCGCCCACGCCCCCGCGCCCGCGCCCACCAGCGACGGGGUAUCGGUUGAUCAAGGGAUCGCGUACGUGCUGAUGCUGGUGGCGCUGGUGCUCACCUACCUCAUCCAUCCUCUGGAUGCCUCCUCCCCUUACAAGCUUUUCUGAUCCCCCACCCCUCCGAAAGAAAAGAAAAAAUCGCAUCUAAUAAUGUAAUUCACUGCAUAGAUGAUAUCUAGUUUUGUAAUGGACAAUGUAGUAAAGGGGGGUGUUGGGCACGAGGGUUGUCGUGUUGCGCAUAUCAUAUCAUUCAUGCUGAUUUGGGGAUCUAAUUUGCGUGCGAACAUAUCUCAUUUGUACGGAUUGCUGUUAUUUUCGUAACUAGCUAGCUUGUUUGUUUCUAUUGGAA